CGAGUACACCUCGGGAUGAUGUCACCUGACAGUGUCCAGUACAUAUAUAGCAAAGCACUGCAGGAAGUUGCUAUUCAGGUAUCGACACUUAGCAGUAUACAGUUGUCAGAAGUCUAUAUAUUCUUCAAGAUGAAGCCAGCUAUCAGGCUUGCUUUGGUCGUAAUUAUCGCCACUGUUACCUCGAUUCAGGCCAUGAAGCUAAAAUUCACGGACUGUGGCUCAAAAGUUGGAAAACUAGUUUCUGUGGAUGUAGAUCAAUGUACAAGUGACGACCCAUGCUCUCUCAAACGAGGAACCAACGUGACAUCAACCGCCACAAUGAUACCACUCGAGGAAGUCACCCAAGCUACAAUCUAUAUGCAUGCGACGGUUUCUGGUAUUACUAUACCUAUAGAUAUCCCUAACCCUAAUGCAUGCAGUGGCCACGGGUUAUCGUGCCCUUUGAAGAGCGGAGAAACAGUGGAGCUUUCGAUGGUACUAGAGGUUGAGGCAAAGUUUCCCAGGGGAAAGGUAAUCCUUAAAACGGAGCUCAAAGACCAGGCAAAAAACGAUAUCUUUUGUAAUUCGAUUCCAUUUAACCUGGUGUAAAGCCAACGUGAGAGUGAAACAAGCAGGAUGACUUUCCUUGAAUCAAAUUGAUUGACUUUGUGACUUUGAAAACUCUUGAUUGAUGUGGAAAUGCAAUGUGGCCAGAUGAGAAAUUAGCGCUCAUCAAUAACGCCAUAACACUGUAACGUUGUGACAAGCCUAAAAACAGUUACGAAUAAUUGAUAUGCAAAUAUAUUGUACUUCUGAGUGAUCUUUUAUUUAUUUUUUUUUGCACGUUUGGUCGUAAAAUCCACAAUAAAAAUGCCUUUCAGCCAUUA